UUCUGGGAAGUCAUAAGUGACGAACACGGCAUCGACCCCACCGGAAGUUACCAAGGUGACAGUGACCUGCAGCUGGAGAGGAUAAACGUGUACUACAAUGAAGCAUCGGUGGGCUCUGUGGCAGGUCAGGGGAAAUGAGGACAGCAGCAGGUACCUGCCAAUCUCUCUCCCUCCCUCCCUCCCUCCCUCCAUCCCUCUCUGGCAGGGCAGGGGAAAUGAGGACAGCAGCAGGUACCUGCCGAUCUCCCUCCCUCCCUCCCCCCCUCCAUCCCUCACUGGCAGGGCAGGGGAAAUGAGGACAGCAGCAGGUACCUGCCAAUCUCUCUCCCUCCCUCCCUCCAUCCCUCUCUGGCAGGGCAGGGGAAAUGAGGACAGCAGCAGGUACCUGCCAAUCUCCCUCCAUCCCUCUCUGGCAGGGCAGGGGAAAUGAGGACAGCAGCAGGUAACAAGUUUGUCCCCCGGGCCAUCCUGGUGGAUCUGGAGCCAGGCACCAUGGACUCUGUACGCUCCGGGCCCUUCGGCCAGCUCUUCAGACCAGACAACUUUGUCUUUGGUCAGAGUGGAGCUGGUAACAACUGGGCUAAAGGCCACUACACAGAGGGAGCAGAGCUGGUCGACUCUGUCCUGGACGUAGUCAGGAAGGAGUCUGAGAACUGUGACUGCCUCCAGGGCUUCCAGCUCACCCACUCCCUAGGAGGGGGCACCGGCUCUGGCAUGGGCACCCUGCUCAUCAGCAAGAUCCGCGAGGAGUACCCUGACCGCAUCAUGAACACUUUCAGUGUCAUGCCCUCACCCAAGGUGUCCGACACGGUGGUGGAGCCCUACAACGCCACCCUGUCAGUCCACCAGCUGGUGGAGAACACUGAUGAGACCUUCAGCAUCGACAAUGAGGCUCUCUAUGACAUCUGCUUUCGUACCCUCAAACUCACCACACCCACCUACGGAGACCUCAACCACUUGGUGUCGGCCACCAUGAGCGGGGUCACCACCUGCUUGCGCUUCCCUGGCCAGCUCAACGCCGACCUCCGCAAAUUAGCCGUCAACAUGGUGCCCUUCCCCCGCCUCCACUUCUUCAUGCCCGGCUUUGCCCCUCUGACCAGCAGGGGGAGCCAGCAGUACCGUGCCCUCUCCGUGCCCGAGCUGACCCAGCAGAUGUUUGACGCCAAAAACAUGAUGGCCGCCUGCGACCCUCGCCACGGCCGCUACCUCACUGUUGCCGCCAUCUUCCGCGGGCGCAUGUCCAUGAAGGAGGUGGACGAGCAGAUGUUGAGCGUGCAGAACAAGAACAGCAGCUACUUCGUAGAGUGGAUCCCCAACAACGUGAAGACGGCCGUCUGCGACAUCCCGCCCCGUGGCCUCAAGAUGUCCGCCACCUUCAUCGGCAACAGCACGGCCAUCCAGGAGCUGUUCAGAAGGAUCUCUGAGCAGUUCACUGCCAUGUUCCGCCGUAAGGCCUUCCUUCACUGGUACACCGGAGAGGGUAUGGACGAGAUGGAGUUCACUGAGGCUGAGAGCAACAUGAAUGAUCUGGUGUCUGAGUACCAGCAGUACCAGGACGCCACUGCUGACGAAGUGGGCGAGUACGAGGAAGACGAGUUGGAGGAUGCGGAUCAGGAUGUCCAGCAGCACCAAGAUGUCCGCCACUGAGGGAUGCCAUGUAGAAGCAGCACAGCAGUCUGUAUGUUAUAUCCACCAGUCACUUUAAAUGAUCAAUAGGUAUGGAAGGAUAGAGGCACAGAAUGAGUUAUUGUCGCGUCAAGAUACUGUAUAUUGUAGCUGUUUAGUCUAAAGACAACUACUAUUGCAUUUCAUUGUUCUUCAAAUAUGUCUCGAAGACCAUAAGUGAAACAUAACAAUUAUGUGAGUAUUAUAAAUGUCAUUGGUUUUUCCAAUUCAUGCUGUGUCAAUGUCAAUAAAAACAACAUCGUUACACUAUCGAAACUGAGUUUUGUAACAUUUACCUCAGAAUGCAUUUUCUGUCGCAAAAUAAAAUGGUCCUGUCCUAUGAA